GGCGAUAAUGCUCCAUUUAAGAUGGUUGCAAACCGCCAGAAAAACAAGACGACGACGAAGAGGAAUUCGACGACGACGACGACGACGACGAAGAAGAAGAAGAAGAAGAAGAAGAAAAAGGCGGAAAAUAGGAAAAGAUGUCUAACACUGCAACAGAGGAUGAGAUACAGCACCUCCGCUGCCAACUGAGGCAAAAGGAGGAGCAGGUCCAGCAGGCCGCCAGUGCUGGCUUGGAUCUGCUCAAUCAGCUUGCGGAAACGCAGACCAGGCUAGAAGAACAGAGAAUAGAGAUGACAAGUGCACUGGAGGGUCUUGAGCAAGAUAAGUAUAGCCUGCAGAAGGAAGUGGAGCUGAAGACCAGGGUCCUUGAUUCACUGCAGUCAGAAUUUGACCAUUUGAAGAAGCAGCAGCGACAGAGCAUCGACGAGGAAAAGGCGCAACUGCAGAGGAGCCAUAAGAUGACACUAAAUGACCUCCACAGCAAGAUGCUGGGAUUAAAGUCUUCUUUGGAUGAGUCCCGGCUUAUUGAGAAACAGCUGAAAGAAAAACUCGAUGUUCAGACCAAUCUGCUGCAUAGCAAGAUGGAGGAGUGUCGUGUCCUAAACGAGCAACCUCACAGUUCAUCAAACUUCGAGCUACUGGAGUUGCAGGACAAGGUCCUCGAGCUGGAGAACGUCAAGUUGGAGUUGAAAAAGGCUCUAACGGAAUCACAGUACAGAGAGCAGCAGCUACAGUUGACCAAUGGCAGCUUGCAGCACAAUGUCCAACAAAUCACAGAGGAGAGCAACAAAGACAUUGCCACCUGGUAUAAGGCAUUAGAGAAAUCUCGGGAGGCGAACCGAGAACUCCAAAUCCAGUUGGAUGGCUUUCUUCAACAGGCCCAGGACCCGGACAGCAAAGGCAACUCUCUCUUUGCUGAGUUGGAGGAUAAACGUGCUGAAAUGGAGAGAAAACUCAUCAGCAUGAAGGUCCAGUAUGAGUCUCUCCAAACACAGCAUGCUUUCAACAAGCAGCAGUUGCAGCACAUGAAGAUCCAGAUUGCCACCCUAAUGCAGCUCCAAGGUUCAAGGGCUGACCCCUCUCAGCUUGAGAGACUGCAGUCAAUGCUGUCUGAAAAGAAUGAAGAGAUACAUCAUUUGAUGAGCAAACUGCAGAAACUGGAGAAGUUGCAGACAUUGCUGAAGACCCAGGAGAGUAAUCUCCCCCCAGUUAGCGAUGGCCAGGAUGAAACAUAUUAUACUGACCUCCUCAAAAUGAAGCUUGACAAUACAAUUAAGGAUGUCCAACGUUUAGGAGAUGAACUUUCCCUGCAAAGGAUGAAGUCUUUGUCCGAAAGCCAGAAAGCUCUGGAACUGGAAAGAAAACUCUUCACCUCUGAACGUCUUGUUAAAAAGGCCCAGAGUGAUAAGAUCAGACUACAGCUUCGAGUGGAGGAGCUACAACACAAAUAUGAACCCAAAGAGAGACACACUUACUUAUCCAAGCGUACAAUGAAAGAGAAACUCCCUACUGAUACCGUACCACCCUCUGAGAAAAGUGCACUUGAAAAGGACAAGCAGACCGUUUCAAAGAAAACAUCCAUCACACCUGCUAUGAUUCCAGAGACAGACACAAGUCCCACUGCUGCGGAGAGCUUGCCAGAAGAUUUCCAUAUGGAGCCUAAAGCUGCAAAAUGUGCAAAGAUCUGCGAGGAUGACCUGCUUUUCAUCCCCAAUCCCAGCUCCAAUGUGACAGACUGCAGUGCGGUGAAGAGGGAGGAUUACCAGGAGCAACACACACAUGAGGAAAGCAAAAGGAAAGCUCAAACAGUUGAGACGAUCCAUGUGGGUUCUAAAAGCAGUAUGGAAAGUCAGUGCUCUCAGCAGUAGGGCCCCACUGCAAUACAAUCACACUAUAUAUCAGUAUGUGUGUCUGCUAACCUCUCUAUAUACUGUAUGUAUACAGUACACAAAACAUACACUCAAAAUAUUAAUAGGUAAAUAUAUAGUGGCUUUCUGACGUGAAAUCUUUCAAUCCAGUUUUAUUAAUCAUUUUAAGUUUUUACCUGAACUUUAAUAUUCUGUAUAUGACCUGUUUUUGGGGAUAGAACGCCUAUGAUACUAGAGUAUUUAUUAACUGGAUAAUAUAACCAGGUGUAAAUGUAACUGCCAUAAGAUGAUCUUUUUUGUGGGGUGGGGGGCAAAGCGAAUAAAACUCCAGUAUUUCCUGGAAAAAAAAAAAUAUGGACAUGAAGCCAAAAUGACAAAAGAUCGUUUUUUGCAUUUCCAUGAAAGAUGAAAGAAAUAAAAUACUAUGG